AUCGUUUUAAAAAAUCCCGCACUUGCUGAACAUAAUAUGUGGAGAAGCUCUAUCUUGUAAAAAAACAUAUUUUCUCAUAGUUCAAGAGGAAUAUCGUCUAGAAAAAGCAAAAAACUUGGAUAUUAAACACCUCCCAAUCGAUUUGGUAGAAAUAAUGGUCUCAGAAGGUGAUUGCCAACAAUGCAUGAGGAUUUUCAUCACACCACGUAUGAAGAUUGUGCAAAUUGAUAACGCCAUUCCGUGUAAAGCAAGCUUCAUCGCACUUCCGGGACCACCAACAAAUGUUAGAGUUUCAGAAAUAACUGCAGCUUCAGUAAGAUUAAGUUGGUCUUAUAAUGAACCAGAAGAUCUGCAGUACUAUGUAAUACAGUUUAAACCCAAAUAUGCCAAUCAAGCAUUUAGCGAAAUCAGUGGAAUUAUUACUAUGUAUUACUCUGUUAGAAAUCUGAGUCCCUACACUGAAUAUGAAAUGUAUGUAAUUGCUGUAAAUAAUAUUGGAAGGGGUCCUCCCAGCGCCCCUGUUGUUGUUACCACUGGUGAAACAGCAGUUGGUGAAAAAUUUGAAAAUCUUAAGACGAAGAAUUUACAGUUGGUAGCGCUGUGUGGUAAGAGUGGAAAAAAAUAUGGUGGAAUAUUCAUAUACAGAUCCGCUUAGGCCUCUUGAACAAAAAAAACAUGUACAUUAACAUAAGGCCUUAUCAAAAAACUAAAAUUAGAAACCACAUCUUGCGAUUCUGCAUUGAACGCAAAAAGUUCCUACAUUAUAUACGUCAAACUUCUUCCUGCAGAGGUGAUGCCCCUACACCGUUAGUAGAUAAACUAUGCAGACUUCAGCUCAAUUUCGAUGUGAAGAUGAGUCAUCCGGCAGAUUCCCUCGAAGAGGGGUCUUCUCGAUUUUGAAGAUCUCAAAAAUAGAUUUUUGGUUUGAAAUACCAGAAAAUAAGUUUAUCAUGGACUCGUCUUCAAUAAUUGGUCCACCCUGUAAUUAAUGGAUACCCAGAUUUUUCCUUACAAUUCAUUACUUUAAUCAUGAUAAUAAAUGUCAUGAACUCUAAGUAUCAAGUAGAGAUGAAAAUUAUGUUAAAGUCAGCUUUUUGAAUACAUAUAAAAAUGCUUUGUGGAUUCCAAUCUUCAAUUAUAAUAUUGUCGUGAGAUAAUAAAG